AUGGAACGUAUCAUCAGCAGGAGCGAAUUACUGGCCACGACAUCCCCGUGUCCAUCCUCCCCGGACCCCGCGGCGCAAAUCAAGCACGUACAAGAAUUCGAUUUCGUCCACCAUGAAGAGCUACCCGAUGCGAUCAAUGACCAAAUCGAAGUCAGUGGCGAAGACGGAUUCGCUUUCCAGCUCUUCGCACCACCUUCAGGAAAAACUGCGACCUCGCCCGUCAUAGCCAAAGUUCGACUGGACUCUCCCGACCUCACAGAUGCGGAGCCAGGAUUGCUGAGACCGGACCGUGACAGCAGAUACUAUUUCACCAGCGCGCCCGGACCCGAGCAACAGCAAAACUUCGAAGCUGCCGCCCUCUCCGGUGAAGAUGUCCUCGCGCGGUCAACAUCAUAUUGCCCAGGUCUGGCCUAUCCCUGGAAAGUCCUGCACAUACCAGCCACGAGACAGCAGCGACUCCGGUUGAAAGCCUCCGAUGCUCUCUUUGCCAAGCUUGUCAAAGACAGCCGCCAUGCGACCAAACGUACGCGUCUGGGCAAGAAAGCUCGUAUCGCUGAGCGGCAGAAGGCCGCAGCAGCGAAAGCGUUACGAGAAGUUGCCGAGGCGAAGGAGUUGCGGGAGCGAGAGAAGCGAGUUCGCCGUAAUCGGGAGAAGAAACUCAAGAAGAAGGGAAAGGCAAAGGCGAAGAAGGCUGAAGCGCUCAGUGCGCUCGCAGCAGAACCCGCUUCCGUGGCCGACGAAGACUCAGAGAUGGAGGAUGAUGGGUGA